UUCCGUUGUGGACGGGUUCGGAGAUCCUGCCGCUGUCUUCACUAGCGUUAGCGAAUGGAGGGGCUGUAAAUUGCCUGGAACAGCAACAUUUUGCGUUGGACCUUAUCUGUUUAUACGUAAGAUGAGGAAAUAACACAGUCAGUUGAACACACGUGACUGCAGCCUUACAGGAGGCUCAUGACUGCUCUCUGUUGCUUGGCAUGAACCAGUAUCAACAGCAGACCAGCAGAUCCAACCUGUACACUGGUGCCAAAGCUGAGGCCUCUUCAACUCCCCCCCUCACCACCAGCAUGGCAAACAGCACUGCUGUCCCGGGAAAGGUGUUGGGCACACCUGGGCCUGCUGGCAGACUGAGUCCAGAGGGAACACAGGUUCUCAGUAAGAAGAAACUGCAAGACCUCGUGCGGGAGAUUGACCCCAACGAGCAGCUUGAUGAAGACGUUGAGGAGAUGUUGCUGCAGGUUGCUGAUGACUUCAUAGAAAGUGUGGUGACCGCUGCCUGCCAGCUCGCCCGGCACAGGAAGUCUAACACGUUGGAAGUAAAGGACGUCCAAUUGCACCUUGAGCGCCAGUGGAACAUGUGGAUCCCUGGCUUUGGAUCAGAUGAAAUCCGACCGUACAAGAAGGCGUGUACCACAGAAGCGCACAAACAGCGAAUGGCACUGAUCCGCAAGACGACCAAAAAGUAGCAAGAUUGACAAGACCAAGAAAUUUUUCACUCGUUUUUGCUUUUUUGGUUUUGGCUAUGGGAAGAACAUGUGACCUUUUGAAAGUUUUACAGGCCUCCAUAUCGAAUUGAUAGAGGCGCCUUUGUCAGACAGGUGCUUCUAUAUAUGUAUUUUUUUUUUUUUAAACUUUUGCUUUGAUGCUGUUACUAGUAUGCUUUGUGCUUGCUGUGGUUAAUGUAGGCUUUGCUAUUUUAUGCCUAAAUGCUGCAAUUAAAUAUCUUAAAUGUUGCAUAAAAUACAUGAAGAUCAGAUCGGAUCACUCACUGUGGGCAUUUACUUUUUACAGCAGCCGCUUUGAAAAUAUGUAUAAAUUAUAAAUAUAGUUGCAUAUUUAUCAGUACAGCCUCUUAUUUCGUUCCUUUAGAAUCUGUUGAUUUGAUCAUUUCUUGGGAGAAUUUUGAAACAGAUGAAUUUGUGAUCUAUGGUGUAAAUAUCCUGUAGUGGUGAAUAGUACUGGGCGUGCUGUUACGCUUGCCCUUGCUGUCUAAUAAAUACGCAUAGUCCCACUUUUCCAGAGGUUGCGAUUUUGACAGGAAAUGUGGUUAGCUUAGUCAAUUUGUGUGGCACAAAACACUAAGGAUUGUGCAGUCAACAUUUUGUCAGGUUCCUUCAAGUAUACUUUAUCUGCAACAUCUUUGAAUUUUGAAAUUAAUUUUUCACUCUUAUUCACUCUCUCCAUGACUGUAUGCAUCUCUAAUUAAGGUGCUGUUGUUUGAUAUAAGAAUUUAUUCAGUUGUAAUUGAAUUGUGCAUGUAGAAUAAUUUUCCAGGAAUCCAACAUGGUGGUUCUGUUUCAGCAAAAUAAAUAUUCAGCAAGACACUGAAACUAAGUCACUGUUUGACAUCAUGUGGCUGGAGGCAAGUUUACAAUGUUUGGCAAUGUUAGUUUUGUUCUUAAAUGUGAUUUAAUGCCUGGCUAGUUUUUGGUAGAUCAUUUGAGGUUAGCGUGAGACAUGCAUUUCUUUCUUUCACCAGUCUUUAGUUCCAAAAGGAUAAUAGGCUUUUAUUAUUAUUAUUAUUAUUAUUAUUAUUAUAAUAUGUCUUGCAAGUGCAGGUCAGUGUUACUAAUGUUACUAUGCACUUGUUUUUUGAUGAACUCAACUGGUGGGCAAGCCUUAAUGUUGAUGUCUAAAUUGCAGCAAUGCUUUAUUUAAACAUAUAUGUACACACAUACGUAAGAGAAAGGGUUUCCACAGUAGACACGCCAUUGAUCCUAUCACAUGAAUGUUUUAUUGGUCCCCUUUUCAGUUCUAUGUGUCGUGAAGCUGUUCUGAGGCUUUCCUUUGGGGCUGUUUCAUGUGGUUCAUCGAGGACUUUCACAUACACAGUACUUUUGUUAGUACUUGAGUAAUAUUUGGUCAUUUUGAGUUCCACCCAUGCUAAACAGUGUAUACACUCGAGAUGUUAACUUGAUAAAAAUUCCCAACUGGCAAAUAUGGUCUCAUGAACACACAAAGAUUGGUAUGUGUUACUGCAGUGUGUUUUGUAGCGCUUAGUUUUAAUGUAGGAUAUAACCUCAUCAGUACUGCAGUCUUAACAGAAUUACUGGAGUAUUGACAUAAGCCUUACUUGAUCACACCUGUCAAAAAUGGUCAAUAGUUUGGCUCUGCAGUGAGGUUGGGAAGAAAUGUAACCAUUUUCAUGGGGUUUAUAGGAAAUUCUUAUGUGCUUUGGCUAAGUAUUGUUCUUUAUAAGAUCUUGUGUUUUUCAUGAAUAAAAAGAUUUGACUAUCUAAA